ACUGGCAGUGAGUGCACACCAAACCAACACAACUGUCCGUACGAUACACUCCGACAAGCAUUUGGUACGACUGUCCCACCAGUGAGUGUCAGACAAUGGCACACUUGGAUCUACUGGACCUACAGGUGCCCCGAUGGACACCGCUAUGAGUCCAUCGCCUCACACCCAGUGCUGUGAGGGGUCGCCGAUGGCCACCACAUCCGCCACCGAUAUGUUGAAUGUAUGGCCAAAAGUGGGCGUCUUUUUGAUGAACAGUUGCGGUCAAUGCGGGUAUCAGUGGUUGCCUCAGACUAUACGCCACAAAGUACUCGACAUCAUCACCAAACAGCACAUCCAUCACCGCAAACACCACCACAACGCACACCAUCACAACCCAGAUGGCAAUGAGGACAACAACCGCACCAUCGAGUCGACCAUCUAUGAGAUGAUCUUCGGAUCAGUUGCCCUCAACUUUUGUGCCCAAAACUCAUCGAAAAUUCAUCGCUUAAGCGAUGAUCUACUCAUGACUUCAUUCAUCUUUCAGAUCGACUUCUCCAAUGGGCGAAUAAUACACAAGAAAUACGGUUUAGCCAUCAUUUGGAGUAUAGGUGAAUGUGACGGACAGUUGAGACAAUUGAUACUUAAAGAGACACUUAUUAUGGACGCAUUGAUUAAUGAACUCAGAAAUGAAUUAAUCGAGAGUCGGUUAAAGAGUCCGAAACACAUUCACACAAGUGUUACAAAAUUGAUGAAAUCAGUCAACGAUUACCUGUCGGUGUGUCGACUGACUUCACGCAUAAGUGAUGACCAAUUCAUCGACGAAUUAAUAGCACUCAUCAAUGGUUUCGACACAAAGAGCACACACUUCUUCGUCUCUCAUCUGUUGACAUCAAUCCUUAUGUUUAAAUACAAAGCAAAUAAAAUGAAACUUAUUUUAUGGUCUAAUGAUGUAAAUAAGGUAUCAUUCGUAUCGCAGCUCCUAAUAGUCAUCAAUCAGUUCCUGAGACCCAACACACAGACCAUAAGUUAUUUGACGCCACAAAUGAAGUCAAUUAAGUUUUGCCAUAACUUUGAUGCAAUGAAGAGGACCUCAUCGGUCACUCCGAUCACCAAAAGCAUCAUAAGUGAGCGAAAGAGUCGCGACGAGAGUCUCGGCUACGAAAGCCUGACAGAGAGCGGCUCCACAACCACUUCCACUAUCUGUGAUUACAACGGCUUCGCACCCAAAUCCAUGGACACAUCCACACCACUCGAACAGUCAUUGGAGCAGUCGGUCGAUGCAAUCGAUACCGAACUGGAACUCCCGGUUGACCCCAACGAUGACUCCAUGCAAACGCCCUCAUCGUCUCAAUCAUCGUCUCAAUUGAUUCAAUCGAAGAACUAUUUCCGCGAAUAUCGUAACCUUAGGUUCACUUCCGACGGCAUAUUCGACGACUGCACCGAUGAAGAAGACAUCCAUUCACUCGAUUCUUCCGAUAAUUGUCUUACAAAUGGAGACAAAUACAGCUAUUGUCUUAUGAAUGGUGUGAACGAUGACGACGACUUUGGAAGCGAUGCCGUCACUGAUGUCGAAGAGAUUCGUGAGUCGCACGUAGUGUCGGGUUUUGGGGAGAUAUCAAUGCCUCAACUUAUAGCCGAUGUGAGCGCUCACACCAAUGAGAUAUCGUUAUCACAAUCGCCGACAAUAUCGGACACAUAUUUAAGUCAAAUAUCUAUUCAGGGAAUCAUUAACUCGAAGACUAUUGGCUCAUACGAUGAGUUAAUAGCAGAAUGUCUUCGGAAGUCUACGAAUGACUUAAACGAUAACACAGUUAUUGUCUGCGAUUGUGAUUUAUGGCGAAUCCAUUACAUCGAGAGCUCCCGCUCUCAACCGGCAAUCAUGAGCUCAUCUGUGGGACAGUUGUGCGAAACUAUCGCUCAAUUGUCUGCCAUUCAAAUGAAUUCACAAUUUAUUAUGAGAUUCAUUGACAACAAAAUCAAUGAAUUGAUUGAUAAGUCAAUAGUUCUCAAGAGUUUGGUUGAGAGUAAUUGUGUCGAUAAUCAUAUUCCAGUCAUUAUAGCACUGAACAGACAUUCUUUACUCAAUAAUUACAAUCACUUCAGACAUUGCGACCGAACACACGAAACCCGUUUUGUCGAAACAUUUCUGUGA